AUGUUCAGAGUUUUCCAGAUAACUCGGAGAGUUUUCAAGGUUUCGUUACAAAAAUCGUCCACUGUAUUCAAUUUUUUGUCCCGAAUCCGAUUUUCAAAAAAUCAGGCUGAUACCUCUAACAGUUCUUGA